AUGCUUCCGCCAGUCGAUCCAGCUGUAUUACAGCGCAAUCCGAAUUUCGAGGUCUUGUACAAAGAUCUUUGCACUAGGAAGCUUAAUUCCAAUGGCUCAACGCGGGAGACGAAGAAGCAACGCGUGCAUGAUGAGAUUCGCAGGGCCCUAUCCGCAGCCCGCACAUCCCUCCUCACAACCCAAAUCCUCAUCGACACCCUCUCGGACCUCCCCUCCAAAGCAGCCGACCUCCCCCCAGAACUGCACACUCUAAUCGACAUCGCCACCGCCCAACUCCGCGGCCAAAUAUCCGCCUCAGACCGCGAAAUCCUCUCCGCAGACCUCGAGGCCUUCAUGACCAACAGCGACAUAAUCAGCGAAUCCCUCUCCACCCAACUCAGCAAAACCACCUCUCACCUCUGUAAAAUCGCCGACCCACUCCAACCCCCUCCCCCCCAAGACCUCAGCGCAAGAGCAAACGCCCUUCAAACCGAAGCAACCCUCACUCUCCCGGAUGAACUCCAAACCGCGCAUUUGAAUCUAACCCACAGCUUCACCGUCCUCGUAGCCACCCACUCCACCCUCCUCACCACCGCCAUCAAAAUCCUCGAGCAAACCCAACAAGGCGCCCUAGCCCGCCACACGCGUUCUUCGGCAGACUUACUCCACGCGCGCUCCGUGCUGCUGGGCCUGCAGGCCAAAAUCCACACGUAUAGUCAUCCGCCGCCGGCGGAAUUCGUGCAUGCGCUCCGCCAGUUUAAGAAGAGUCAGGGGAGCGGGGAGAAGGCGCUGAGGGAUCGGGAGGCGCUGGCGAGGCAGGAGAUUGAGCUUUAUGAGCGUGCGGGGGAGAAGGGGAUGAGGGAGUUGGCGAGGAGGAAGGAGUGGAUUUUGGCAGAGGUGGCGAGGGUGGAGGAGGAGGUGAGCAAGUUGGAACGAGAGGGGGGGAGGUGA